UAUUGACCUUCGUACAUCACCACCAACUGAAAAACUGAUGUAUUCUCAUUGGACAGAAUCGUCAUCAUUGUUUUAUGGUCAUUCUUGAUAUCCUUGUUAUCACACAUCUUGAUAUGGGGAGUUAUCAUAAGUAAUUAUGGCUAUAGGGGGAGAUGGGAAGGAGAGGAGUAACUGAAAAGGGAAAAGGUUGGGAUGGAAAAAUACAGAAUGGAGAGGGGAAGUAGGACAGGGAAUACGGGGUUAAAGGGAGGAAGAAAAGGGAGUAAUAUGGGUGUGUAUUAGGUACUGUAUUUUCACUCCCCCCAAAUCCAACCUAGAAACGAAAUUAUCCCUCUUGACAAUUUAUUUUGAAUUACACAAAGAAGUGAAUACGCAAGCUGAAAUUACUACAAUCCACUGAAAUUUAAAAAAUGCUGGUAAGUUGUUAAUUUUCAAAUAAACAUUCCCAAAUGGUUGGAGCCUACCCUGAUGUUCCAGCAUAAAACCAUGUUGACACCAUUACAAUGUGUUUCUAUUGUAGAAGGUUCAUCAAAGUCCUUAUACACUAUGUUGGUCAAGCUUACCAGCCUAAAAUUAUAUUCGCGGAGUGACGAAAUUAUUUAAUUUUAAUCGUACGUUUUUAAAAAUGAACGCUCGUGCCUCUUGGUAAUACGUCCCGGGUUCCAUCCCCAGCAAGGGUAGGGAUGUGGUGUGACUUCAAACAUCUGAGGUUUGCUAUGGCAUCUAAGUUUCCUCUUAUAAUAACACUUGGAAUUGAAGGAUGUAACAAAUAGACUGACCGUUUGAACAGCUAGUAAACUUAUAAAUGAUAAAUCAGUAGUUGGCCGAGAUAGAAAAUGGGAACAUCUCGGAGUAUAACCGUCCACAACUGUAAACAAACACACUCACCUUGUCGUACUGCUAAUAUGAGUGGCUUGUGUUUAAAAGAAGUUUUUGCCUGCAUUCUUCUCUCUUUCCUUUACGUUGGAAGCUUAUAUGUGUGGAAUGCAACUCAGGGAAGGAUCACUAGCAGGUCAAAUGGGAGACAAAGAGACCAUCCAUCUACAAUUAAGAAGCGGUGCAUCAGUGUCUUCUUUAUGACAAUUGUGUCUCCAUUUUUUGUCAUAUGGUUUGGCAGUAAAGAUUCAGAAGAGGUGACAUUGUGGUCACAGAUGGGCCUGAGGUGGGAGGGAAUGAUACCUGCUUUAGUGCUGCCGAUGAUCCUCACAUUUGUGCUAUUUUUGGGGCCCCUCAUCCAGUCCCACCUCUCAGUGCCAAUCACUUACACUCUUCACAUGUACUUUGAUCCUCUGUAUUGGUAUAAUACAGCACAAAAUCCAAUCUGGUGGCGCAAUCAAGUAGUUGCUCCCUUUUCUGAGGAGUUUACCUUCCGUGCCUGCAUGUUGCCUAUUCUCUUGCAAUGUGUUUCUCCAGGAAAGGCCAUCUUUAUUGCUCCACUUUUCUUUGGUGUUGCUCAUCUUCAUCAUGCCGUUGACCGUCUACGAGUAGGAAUUGAUCUUCAAGCCGUUAUUCUCAUAUCCAGUUUCCAGUUCCUUUAUACAUCAGUGUUUGGCUUUUACUCAGCCUUUCUCUUCAUUAGAACAGGUCAUUUUUUACCUUUGUUUGCAGUCCAUGCAUUCUGCAACCACAUGGGUCUGCCAGAGGUGAAGGAGAUGAUAAAGGCACCAAACCCAUUACGUAUUAAGCUAAUGGCAUACCAUGUUAUGGGUCUUAUAGCUUGGUACUUCUUACUGUUUCCUCUCACUGAGCCAUCACUAUAUGGAAACACUCAACAUACUUUGUGAAGAACACCAUGAAGCUUGAACCAUGUUUUAUAAGUAAAUUAUUCAGGUGCAGUGCUCAAGUUAUUUAUUAACUUAUCUCAUCAUGCCCAUCAUCUAAAAUGGUUGUAAUUAUGUGUAUACAGACGUCAGCCUCAUGCAUGUUUGGCCUCUAGUUGUACAGUACUGUAGUUGUUUCACCUUAAGUUUUAUGUUGAUUUCUUAUAAAGUUUACUUUGGAAGAUAUCUGGGAUCCUGAUGUGUAACCCAAAAUAGUUUUAAUAGUUAGUACUUAACUAUAAUGCUGUGAGCCACAUCAUAGAAUUAACUAAACAAAUUUAUACAGCCAUAUAUAAAAUGGGAGUUGUUUGAAAAAAAAAAACUUUAGGGGAAAUAAAGUAACAUCGUUUGUAUCUUGCCAGGAUAAAAAAAAAGUAAAUAAAAUGAAAAAUGCAAUUAUAAUUAAUUGGUUUUGAUUGUGAUAUCUUAUACAGUAAUUCCAAAUCUAAUUGUUUUCUUCCCACAUAAAGUUUGCUUCCUGGCUUAUACAUUAAUAUGUCUUUAGAACAAAGUUUUAAUCUGCUAUCCCAAUAAAAUAUAUUUUAAAUAGAACAGAUACCAAAGAAAUUAUCUGCAUCUGCAUUUAAUAACCCAGUUUACCUGUUUAAUCCACAGCCCAGGAACUUUACAUUCGUGUCUGUACUUUUAACACGUCAACAAAACCAGUGGGCCAUUGUCUCUGUCUUUCCUUGGUCAAUAUCUCUGUGAGCAGUGGUUUAGCUUGUAAUAUCUAAGUAAGCCACAUAAAUUGUGAUAAGAGUUAGUAGUGCUAUAACCAGAAGUAGCAAAAUAAUCCACAUUGAGUUUGACAUCCAUAAAUAUUGCUCGUCAUGCUAGUGGAAUCAUUUAAAUGGGAAAGUCAGUGCUGACCGUGCCUAAAAUCACUAAAUUCUCUCAUCUGAAUUUCAUAUAUCCGUAUUUUACUAUACUGUACCUUUAUAUUAAUGUAUCUACAGUAGAUGGUUUGAAAAUUGCUUGGACUGGUUAAGUUAUGGUCUCCAGAGUAUCAGGCACGAAAGACCCAUGUGGUAGUAACCUAACAUGGAGUCUUUGUUUAUAUUAUGUAUAUGUUUAAUGGCUAGUGAGCAGCAGAUUGAAUAAUAUCUUCCUUCUAUCAUUGUGAAACUUGUUUAUGGUGUCUUGGCUCGCAGGACUAUGAAAUAUUUUAGGGAAGUGAUUAUCCCCUAAUAGUGGUACAAAACAUUUUGUCAUGACGUUAAAGGCAAAGAUAAGUUCAUCGACAGGGUGUCAUCUUCACUAAUACUGUAUUUUGUGACUAAGAAGAGAUGGAAUACUAUAUAAUGGAAGUUUUAGAAUAUGCAUUAAUAAUUCAUAAUAAUUUAUUUAAUUGCACAUAAUGUGCUUACAAAGCUUCUGAUCUCUUCCAGCUCAUUGUGUGCAUUUCCAUGUAUAGAAUAAUAAUGAUAAUCACUGAAACUUCUCAUAAUUUGCAUGAAGCCAUUAGUGUUAAUCUUUUGGUUUAAACUUGUUUACAUCUUCUCGACAGUGGGUCCUUCAUUAUUUAUUGCUUAUUAUUUAUUUUUCUGUUAGAUAAUGCACAUGAAGUACAGAAAAUCAUGACAAAAGAUUUAAAUAUGACCAUAUAUAGGGGGCCCCCAAAUUUGCGGGUUUUUAUUUCGCGGUCCUCUAUUAUGCGCGGAUGACACCCUGAAUGUACCCAAGAAUGUCUGCGGGUAGUUUUAAAGUUGCCGGCAUUUUCGUGGCCGGGACAGGGAGCUAUUCGAUCUAGAGACAGUAUUUUCCUUUACCUGUACUGUAAAUAUGUGUGUGUGUGUGUAUAAACACACACACCCAAAACACAUACAAAUAAAUAAUAAUUGGAAAAAUCCCCUCACAAAUA